AUGGUGGUUACCCUUUUCUUUUUAGAAAUAAAAAGAAAUCUCUAUUCUCCACCGAAAAACAAAGACUCAAACUUUAGUUUAGUGGAAAAAGCCCCUUAUCGGAUUUGAACCGAUGACUUACGCCUUACCAUGGCGUUACUCUACCACUGAGUUAAAAGGGCUUGUUUUAUUCGAUUCAUGAAUUAUAGCCUUUUUCCAUUAUGAGUCUACUGCAUAAUAUAUGUACAUGAUAUAUACAUAUAUGCACAUAAUAUAUACAUAGUUCAUUUAGGAGCAAUCAAUUUGAUUUACCCCCCAAAAGUAAAAAGUGGGCAAAUUUUUUAUUUUUUUUUUUGAUAAAAAUAAUGCAGUGAAUUGUUUCAAGACCGACCCCGCUUGUUUACCUUUACUGACUCAUCAAAACAAGAUUCACUUGAUUGAUACAUGUACCAAUCUGACAUCGACAUAGAUUCGAUAGAUUUUCUUGAAUCAUGUGAUGAGGGUAUUCGUACCCUGAACCGAAUUCUUAUAAAAAAAUAAAAAAGAAAAAAGGAAAAUUUCUAUCGUUUUUUAAUUUUCUGACUUAAUGUGAGAUAGUGAUAGGCAUAUUUUAUCUGAACAAUGAACGAAGCAAUGAGUUAAGUUAAAAUUAAUGAGUUAAAAUUGAAGAAAAGAAAUUAAGUGGGGUUCUACCCCCUUUUCUGUUCUGUCGGACCAAUCACUGCCUGAACUGACGGAGUCCUGUACCUCCUUUCGCUAUAUAAAAUAGUAUGGGAUGGUUCAUUCAUGAACCAUCAAAUCCAAAACAAAAUUCUAUGGAAUCAUAACAUAAAAGUAGAAAAGAGUGUUCAGAUCUAGUCAUAUCAUUAGAUUAUAUUGACAAUUCCAAAAAACUACUCAUACUAUCAUCAUAGUAUGAUGACAGUUGGGCGGAUAUGCCCCUAUCGUCUAGUGGUUCAGGACAUCUCUCUUUCAAGGAGGCAGCGGGGAUUCGACUUCCCCUGGGGGUACUACGAAAGGAAGUUGAUCAUGGAUUAUCAAUAAGCCUAGAAGGAAUUCUUCCUGGGUCGAUGCCCGAGCGGUUAAUGGGGACGGACUGUAAAUUCGUUGGCGAUAUGUCUACGCUGGUUCAAAUCCAGCUCGGCCCAAAAAUUCGCCGCUCCAUGAAUAUGAUAUAACCAAUGAUAUAACCAAUUUGUCCCCCAGAAACAAAAAUACCUGAUCCGUAAAAGAGAAAGAGUCCAUUUUUGUUUCUCUAUCCAUGUUUUUCUCAUUCGUUCUGAUCUUUUCUUUCUAACGAUCUAGAUUCAUAAUACUUAAUCAAAGCAAAGAUUAUGAAAGGAAAAAUCGUUUUUUCUCAAUGAAAGGUUGAUUAUCUAUUUUUGGCAAUAAAAUAAAAUAAACACAGGUUACUAGUAAUCCGUGUCACUUUCACUAUAGUCCAUAUCUAUGUGUUCUAUGUGUAUAUGAUAUCAGUUAGUAUAUCAUUCGUGUCUCUGUUACAACGCGACGAAGAAAAUGUUUUUCUGAAACCAUUAAGAAUAUGUAUACCAUACACCUCGCUGGGAUUGUAGUUCAAUUGGUCAGAGCACCGCCCUGUCAAGGCGGAAGCUGCGGGUUCGAGCCCCGUCAGUCCCGAACUAGGAUCCGACCGAUGAAUGGAGAAAUGAAUUUAUCUAUUUUCCGUGAAAAAGGAGACAGGGGGCAAGAUCUAAUCCCCAGUGGAGAUCCUUAUUUCUUUUGUUUUUCAUUUCGCAUUUAUCAUCAGACAAAUACAGGAAUUUCCAUUUCUUCCACUAGUGCCGAGUGAUAAGGGAGAGACAUAACAUAUAUAGAUUCGUACAAUCGGUGGUAUUCCUAUAUUUAGUAUUUUAAGAGAUACUCGUCUGACUUUCUUUUUCGAUUUUCUUGAUAAAUGAAAUAGAAUAGAGUGCUCCUAUUUUUACCGAGAGUACAUACGCAAAUUGUAUUCGUUUAUUGUACAAUACAUAAUGAACUUAACAUAAUUACCUCGACAGAGUACUUGUCAGGUUAAACGACAACCCUUUUUAGCUUCGACUUUGUUUGUGUAUCCUCAAUGACUAAUUGGAAACAAUCUAUCUCAUUCUCAUUUAAAUUGCACACUGAAUUUUUGAUGUAUGCCUUCCAGUCCCAAUCGAAGAAAGAGAUACUAAUCAAAUAAAAGAAAAGACCAAGCAACGUUCCUUUUUAUUAAAUUUGUUGGAAUUAUAUUAGAUCUUUUAUACUUAACCCGUCCUUUUUCCAUCUCACUUCUACUCUUUGGAUCUGUGUGUGAUUCAUAGAAUACCAGUCAUAUAAUACCUCAUAAUUGUAUGUACAUAAUUGUAUGUAUAAGUAUAACGAAGGAGGAGUAUAUAAGGAAGACGGUAGGGUUAUUUAUAGAAAAGAAAAAGUGGAAAAGGAUGAAAAUUCAAUGGGAUUCUUUAUUGGAUCAGGAAUCCCAUUUCAGAUUUAGUAUGGAUAAAGGAUCUUCCUAUGUUAUACUAUUCAAUUCUCGACGAUGAAUCGAUUUGAUAGAUCAGAUAUUGUUAUUCAUAAUAUUGAUCCGAUUCAGUAUCAUCAGGAUGCAAUUCAUCCCAUUGAAUUUACAGGAAUCAAAUUUCUCAUCUCUAUGGGAUUAGAUCCCGAGUUAUUGCGAAGUAAAAAAACAAUGAGAUUAUGGAAGUAAAUAUUCUCGCAUUUAUUGCUACUGCACUGUUCAUUCUAGUUCCUACUGCCUUUUUACUUAUCAUCUACGUAAAAACAGUCAGUCAAAAUGAUUAAUUUGACUGAAACUUGAUUUAUUAGUUCUUAUCAAUGAUUGAAUAAAUGAAAGAAACGGAUUCAAACUCCAAGUCUUAAAUGAAAUGAUCUGUCUGGAAUCAUAAGUAUCUGAGAUAAUAAGUAUCUGAGAUAGUAGUAUCUGAGCCGAGAUAGUAUGGUAUAGUAUUUAUUAUCCUAUUAAUGAUUUUCAUAGAAAGUUGUACUGUAUACAGAUAUAGGCUUUUAUAUAGAGAAAGCCUAUAUCUAGGUCAAUAUACAAUAUGUAUGUACAUAGAUUAGAUGUAUAUCUAAAUAGUACAUCAAAAUAACAGUCCAAUUCUAUUAUUUUUUUGGCUACAUUUACUUGUGUGGAUUUCGAUCAAUUCAAAAUAAUUGAAGACCAACUCUUCUAAUUCCUGGCUUUCUUAGAAUUUAUAUAUAUAUAGGUAUAGGUCCCGAGAUCUAUCAAAGGAAUCAAUGGAGCAAGACAAAAAGAGUAUGGGCAUAUUCUACUAUAAAUUAAAUAAAAAAAAAGAUAAAAGAAAACGAAACCAAAGAAAAGAAUCUUUUUCUUUUUUUAGAUUUCCCAUCUCAAGAAGUCAUUGCUUGAUCUAUUAACAGAUGAUCUGCGGAGUUCUAUUCCAUGAUAACUUCUUCAGAUUUGAAAAAGAAGUAGAUUAAUAGAGUAGACCUUCCCAAUUUUUUAUGCUUAAACAUGACAUGAGAUGAGUCAAAAAAAGCAUAAAAAAAUCUCUAGGAGUCUAAAAAAAAGGUGAAAUGCGCGAUAUGUGGAUCGCUCAACGGAAGAAAGAUCUAAUCUUAUUAUGUGUAGAACCUCUUUGGACAACAACUAGUCAUUUCCAAUAGAAAGUAUGUAUUGUCGUAAUCUAAUAUAAUUAGAAUAGCGGAACGGCUUUCUCUUCUCUUAGAACAGUAAAAGUAAAGAAAGAGGGAAACAAAUAAAGAAAAAAAGAAAAAACCAAUUUCAGAUUUUUUCUUUUUGUAAUAUCCAUAAUUCUGGUAAGAGCUGGUUUAUCAAAAUAGAAUAUUUAGGAAGAAUUCGGUUGGAAAAAAUUUCCUAUCAUGCGUAGAUUUAGGUUUCGAAAUACAACUAUAGUAAUCAUUCAUUCUUUGAUCGAAUGGUUAUUAUUCAUUAUUGUAUUUUCUUAUUCAUUACUGUAUUUCAGUAUAAUUUUGAAACAGAGACAUUCUUUUUUUAAAGCUUUGCAAAACGAUCAAUUAAACAAUUGAUAGAAUUCAAUUACUCAAUCGAUUACUCGAUUAGUAGUACCCCUAGAGUCCACUCCUUCCCCAUACUACGAGUGAGAGGGAAAAUGUAAAGACUACCAUUAAAGCAGCCCAAGCGAGACUUACUAUAUCCAUAUAAAUUAUGUCUCCUAUCUCUAUGAAGGAAUUAUUCCAUUAUUGAUCAAUAAUCAUAGUGGAAUCAAUGGCGCAGAGUCAAAAUGGAAUUCUGACUUAACUUAAGGCUAUUGAUGAACCAAUCCAAUGAAUCUACUCGUAACAAGAUUAUAAGAUUUCUGGUAGAAUCGGGAAGCAUUAAGCAUAAAUACAAUACACACACCUUUUCUCGGAAAAUGAAAUAACAAAGGAAUACUCCUAUCCCAAUGGAACAUGUAGGAGUACUAAGACCUAUUGUUUGUUACCCUUUUUCAUAAGCAAAAGACAUCAAAAUAUACCAUCAAGAUAGAUAACUAUCUAUCAGAUACCUCUAUUUCCUAUUUGAUCUAAGCCUUACUGUUUUUUUUGUGAAAGAAUGGGGAGACACCAUCACCAGUAUUACAUACAUUCUUUCUUUUUUUCGUAAUCCCCCUAUCUUACACGGGCAAAGAAAUUCCUACACGGGCAAAGAAAUUUUUUUGUUUCUUCAACUUUUACUUUUACUCUUUACUCAAUAAGAGCCGACCAACUAUCCUGAUUGAAUGUUUGAGUACUCAGAGACUCUCGUGAGUCUGGAUACAAAGUAUCUUCAGUCCUUUCCACAACUUCUAAAUUGAUUUCCCAUCAGCCUAUCCAAUCGAAUUCCAGACAGAGUCAGUAGACACAACGGUGGUAGUGUAAAAUAAUUAGGAAUUCUUGAUAGUCUUUCGUACAAUCUCUUCUUCAAUCCUAGUAGCAAAAAUGGAGUGUCCUUUAGGAACCUUUGGAUACCAAGAUUUCCGACCUCUUACUUUCGUAGUUUUGAAUCCCAGAAUUUACUUUCACUAUUUAUUUAUUCUACUUAUAAAAUAAAUGUCCGAACCAAUCAUAAUCAUAUUAAAAUCAUAAUCAUAUUAAUAAGUAAGGCUUACUUCAUCCCUAUUUGUACCGGUUUGGGCCACACCCAAAGCCCGGAUUUUUAGAAAAAAAUUGACUUUCUUUAAAAAAAUUGACUUUCUUUAUAGAACUACAGAUUCUAAAAAUAAAGUAUCGAUAGGCUUAUCCUUUUGCCUCUCCUUCUCCGGGGACAGAAUUCGUCGAGUUAAAUCAGCAGAAUAAGAAAUCCCAAGUUUUUUGUUGAUCAGGCGACACCCAGAUUUGAACUGGGGAUAAAGGAUUUGCAGUCCCCCGCCUUACCACUUGGCCAUGUCGCCAAACCAAAUUCGAUCCAAAUAAGAUAAAAAAUAGAUUUCUGGUCAAAGACUGAAAAAUUCAGGGCAAAUUGGAACCAUUAACUAUUUGUUUUGUUGUUUUGAAUUAGCGAAAGGUUCUUCAAUUUGUAUCUCAAAUUGUUGCGUUUCCUUAAUGGCAUAACAAAAUCAAAUUGAUUUAUGACUAAUUCAGUAUCAAUUAUUUUCAAUAAUCAAUCUUUUUCAAUUUCAAUUAUAACAAUAUAAAUUAUAACAAUAUAUAUGUGUAUAUGUAAACCUCAAAACAGAAAUUGUUACACAGAUACCGCUCUUAUGUACAUAUCCCAUAUCCCUAUAGAGAAUCGUCGUGCCUUCUUUUUUCAUUUUCUAUAUGCAAUAGAAAAAAUAGGAAUUAUGAUAUAGUGCGACCUGACUUCUGUUGCCACAAGUGAAAUUACGAUAAAAGAUGUGAUAUGCGGACAGGUAGAUAGCUAUAUUGGCAUGCACUUAAUAAAUAUUACUCCUAUUACGCAAUUCAAUCAUAUUCUAUAUAUUCUACUAGCAAAAAAAUAAUUCGAAAUUUUUUUUGAACAUGAAAUGAAACUCAAAUAAAAUUAAGUAUGCUAAAAAGGGAAACUCUAUAUUGUUCCUGUUGUACCUGUCGCAAAUUCGAACUUGCGUCGAAAAUGCUCUUCAUUCCUCUGUCUCAUUUCCGUUCAUACGUAUGAAAUACAUAUAUGGUAUAUGGAGUUGGCUAAAAUUUCAUGUGAUUCAGUAAACAGAAUAUACAUUCCAUCAUUGCUAGAUCGAUCCGUAUGGUUCGAUAAAUAGUGAGCUAAUAAUGGGAUUUUUCAAUAAACAGGAAACUUAAGAUUAAGAUGCUCCGGAAUGAUGGAAAUGAGGGAAUGUCCACAAUACCUGGAUUUAGUCAGAUCCAAUUUGAGGGAUUUUGUAGGUUCAUUAAUGAGGGCUUGACGGAAGAAUUUCAUAAGUUUCCAAAAAUUGAAGAUACAGAUCAAGAAAUUGAAUUUAAAUUAUUUGUGGAAAGAUAUCAAUUGGUAGAACCCUUGAUAAACGAAAGAGAUGCUGUGUAUGAAUCACUCACAUAUUCUUCUGAAUUAUAUGUACCCGCGGGAUUAAUUUGGAAAACCGGUAGAGAUAUGCAAGAACAAACCGUUUUUAUUGGAAACAUUCCCCUAAUGAAUUCCCUGGGAACCUUUAUAGUAAAUGGAAUAUACAGAAUUGUGAUCAAUCAAAUAUUGCAAAGUCCUGGUAUUUACUACCGUUCAGAAUUGGACCAUAACGGAAUUUCUGUCUAUACCAGCACAAUAAUAUCAGAUUGGGGAGGAAGAUCGGAAUUAGAAAUUGAUAGAAAAGCAAGGAUAUGGGCCCGUGUAAGUAGGAAACAAAAAAUAUCUAUUCUAAUUCUAUCAUCAGCUAUGGGUUCGAAUCUAAGAGAAAUUCUAGAUAAUGUUUGUUACCCUGAAAUUUUCUUGUCUUUCCCGAAUGAUAAGGAGAAAAAAAAGAUUGGGUCAAAAGAAAAUGCUAUUUUGGAAUUUUAUCAACAAUUUGCUUGUGUAGGCGGGGAUCCGGUAUUUUCUGAGUCUUUAUGUAAAGAAUUACAAAAGAAAUUUUUUCAACAAAGAUGUGAAUUAGGAAGGAUUGGUCGACGAAAUAUGAACCGGAGACUGAAUCUUGAUAUACCUCAGAACAAUACAUUUUUAUUACCACGAGAUGUAUUGGCUGCUGCGGAUCAUUUGAUCGGAAUUAAAUUUGGAAUGGGUACACUUGACGAUAUGAAUCACUUGAAAAAUAAACGGAUUCGUUCUAUAGCGGAUCUGUUACAGGAUCAAUUCGGACUGGCUCUUGUUCGUUUAGAAAAUGCGGUUCGAGGAACUAUAUGUGGAGCAAUUCGGCAUAAAUUGAUACCGACUCCUCAAAAUUUGGUAACUUCAACUUCAUUAACAACCACUUAUGAAUCGUUUUUUGGCCUACAUCCUUUAUCUCAAGUUUUGGAUCGAACUAAUCCAUUGACACAAAUCGUUCAUGGGCGAAAAUUGAGUUAUUUGGGUCCUGGAGGAUUGACGGGGCGAACUGCUAGUUUUCGGAUACGAGAUAUUCAUCCUAGCCACUAUGGACGUAUUUGUCCAAUUGACACGUCCGAAGGAAUCAAUGUUGGACUUAUUGGAUCCUUAGCCAUUCAUGUGAGGAUUGGCCAUUGGGGAUCUAUAGAGAGUCCAUUUUAUGAAAUAUCUGAAAGAUCAAAAGAGGCACAGAUAGUUUAUUUAUCACCAAAUAGAGAUGAAUAUUAUAUGGUAGCAGCGGGAAAUUCUUUGGCCUUGAAUCGGGGUAUUCAGGAAGAACAGGUUGUUCCAGCCCGAUACCGUCAAGAGUUCCUGACUAUUGCAUGGGAACAGAUUCAUCUUAGAAGUAUUUUUCCCUUCCAAUAUUUUUCUAUUGGAGCUUCCCUCAUUCCUUUUAUCGAGCAUAAUGAUGCGAAUCGGGCUUUAAUGAGUUCUAAUAUGCAGCGCCAAGCAGUUCCGCUUUCUCAGUCCGAGAGGUGCAUUGUUGGAACUGGACUGGAACGCCAAACGGCUCUGGAUUCGGGGGUUUCCGCUAUAGCCGAACACGAGGGAAAGAUCAUUUAUACUGACCCUCACAAGAUCAUUUUAUCAAGUAAUGGGGACACUACUAUAAGUAUAAGUAUUCCAUUAGUUAUCUAUCAACGUUCCAACAAAAAUACUUGUAUGCAUCAAAAACCUCAGGUUCCGCGGGGUAAAUGCAUUAAAAAAGGACAAAUUUUAGCGGACGGUGCGGCUACAGUUGGGGGGGAACUUGCUUUAGGAAAAAACGUAUUAGUAGCUUAUAUGCCAUGGGAGGGUUACAAUUCUGAAGACGCAGUACUAAUUAGCGAACGUCUGGUAUAUGAAGAUAUUUAUACUUCUUUUCACAUCCGGAAAUAUGAAAUUCAGACUCAUGUGACAAGCCAAGGACCUGAAAGAAUCACUAAGGAAAUACCACAUCUAGAGGCUCAUUUACUCCGCAAUUUAGACAGAAAUGGAGUUGUGAUGCUGGGAUCUUGGGUAGAAACAGGUGAUAUUUUAGUAGGUAAAUUAACACCUCAGACAGCAAACGAAUCGUCGUAUGCUCCAGAGGAUAGAUUAUUACGAGCCAUACUUGGAAUUCAGGUAUCCACUGCAAAAGAAACUUCUCUAAAACUACCUAUAGGCGGAAGAGGUCGCGUUAUUGAUGUGAGAUGGAUCCGGAAAAAGGGGGGUUCCUGUUAUAAUUCAGAAAUGAUUCGUGUAUAUAUUUCACAGAAACGUGAAAUCAAAGUAGGUGAUAAAGUAGCUGGAAGACAUGGGAAUAAGGGUAUCAUUUCAAAAAUUUUGCCUAGACAAGAUAUGCCCUAUUUGCAAGAUGGAACACCUGUUGAUAUGGUCUUCAACCCAUUAGGAGUACCAUCACGAAUGAAUGUGGGACAGAUAUUUGAAUGCUCGCUCGGGUUAGCGGGGGAUCUGCUAAAGAGACAUUAUAGAAUAGCACCUUUUGAUGAGAGAUAUGAGCAAGAGGCUUCGAGAAAACUAGUGUUUUCCGAAUUAUAUGAAGCCAGUAAGCAAACAAAAAAUCCAUGGGUAUUUGAACCCGAAUAUCCGGGAAAAAGCAGAAUAUUUGAUGGAAGAACAGGAAAUCCUUUUGAACAACCUGUUCUAAUAGGAAAGUCCUAUAUUUUAAAAUUAAUUCAUCAAGUUGAUGAUAAAAUCCAUGGACGUUCUAGUGGACAUUACGCACUUGUUACACAACAACCCCUUAGAGGAAGGGCGAAGCAAGGGGGACAACGAGUAGGGGAAAUGGAAGUUUGGGCUCUAGAGGGAUUUGGUGUUGCUCAUAUUUUACAAGAGAUGCUUACUUAUAAAUCUGAUCAUAUUAGAGCUCGUCAAGAAGUACUUGGUGCUACGAUCAUUGGAGGAAGAGUAUCUAACCCAGAAGAUGCUCCAGAAUCUUUUCGAUUGCUCGUUCGAGAACUACGAUCUUUAGCUCUAGAACUGAAUCAUUUCCUUGUAUCUGAGAAGAACUUCCAGAUUAAUAGGAAGGAAGCUUGAUCUGAAUGAAUCAGAAUUUCUAUUCUAUGAUUGACCGGUAUAAACAUCAACAACUUCGAAUUGGACUAGUUUCUCCUCAACAAAUAAAGGCUUGGGCCAACAAAA